AGAAGAGGCUGUGGUGAGAGGUGGCAGAUGCAGAUUAGAGUGAAUGGGGCACCACUUGGCGGCAUCAACAGGGCCUGCUUUGUCAUGCACAAGUCCUCCUCUUCAAGGCCUCGCUCUUACGAUGUAUUAUACUAAUCUGCUGUUGGAUGUGCACUGCAUAUCCAAGCAUAUCUUACUUCGUCUCCCUCCCUUCCCCAACCUUACCCAGCUCUUGCUUCGGAGACAGAGCGUGUUGGUUUCGCAGGAGGUUGUUGGGAACUCUGUUCAGUCUUUGCACCUCGUCUGUGACAAGUAAGUGUUGAGCAAUGGCAGGUGCUGUUGGUAAAGGACCCGCGUCCACUCCUGAGGACCUACCUGGUAAAGGCACCAAUGUAAUUACCAGCUUGUUGGGGCAGGGAGCAAAACUUUUGCAGAGCUUGAAACCUAUCAAUAAGAUCCAUGCUCAUCUCUGCGCAUUCCAUUUUUAUGCACAUGACAUGAAACGGCAAGUGGAGGCGCAUCAUUACUGCACCCACUACAAUCAGGAUAUGAGGCAAUGCUUGAUAUACGACAGUCCCGAAAAAAACGCUCGUCUUAUUGGGGUGGAGUACAUCGUUUCUGAGAAGCUAUUCCAAGGUUUGCCCGAUGAGGAAAAGAAGUUUUGGCAUACUCAUGAGUAUGAGGUGAAAGGAGGUAUUCUCUUCAUGCCAGGAGUGCCUCAAGCAGCUGAACAUAAGGAGCUCGAGGAGGUUGCGAAAACAUACGGGAAGGUGUUUCACUUCUGGCAGUACGACCGUGGCGAUACCCUCCCCCUGGGUCUUCCGCAGUUGAUGAUGGCCUUCACUGAGGAUGGACAACUGAAUCCCAACCUUGCGAAAAGUGUAGAGGACAAGUUUGGUGUUAGUUUUCAGAAACACGCAGAGAGUCGAAAGCACAUGACAGGGCCUUCGAUGGGUAUCCACCCUCUUGCUAACCCUUGGCUUAAGGGCACUGGCUUGCAAUCGGAGCUUCGUGAGGUUGAUAUCAAGGAAAACCCUUCUGCAUCGAAGUAGGGAGAGGCCUAGAAUGACAGUUUCUCAACCAACGCACAUUUACAAAAUUGAAGCUGAAGCAAUCAAGUGUCCAAAUUUCCUUCAUGGAUUCAUGGACAAGUCAUUUUGGUUGGAGUGCUUCCUUGAUGGAGGAGAAAUGAUGGAACCUGACGGUCUUCUCUACAGAAGAAAGUUUAAGGAAAAUGUUGAGAGAAUUUGUAGGAAUUACUGUGAAUUCGAUGUACAGGAAGAACUACGAAAUGGAUGCUGUCUUGCGAUGACAUAUCCAUGGAUAACUCGAGGAGGCAGAUAUGAGACCUAUACCUUUGCGGUGGCAUACACAUAAAACGGCAAUUUUUCUGGUUGCCGACAUCGGUACUUUCUGUUGAAAUUCACUUUGCCCUUUCCAAGAAUGUUACCAUGUUAUGGGAUGUUUGACCACAA